AUGCAAUUCAAAAACAUCAUCCUCAUCUCCACCACCACCGCUCUCUUCAUAUCCUCCGCCGCCGCAGCUCCAGCUCCCAAGCCAAACCCAUGGGUAGACCUCUACGGCGGUAUAGUCCAAGACUUCACAAACUCAAACGGUCAAUACUAUAACCCCACCGCCGGCGCGAACGCCGAUACACCACUCUACGGUCUUCUCACCGAUGUCAAGAACUGGUGGAACAAUUUCAGGAAGUAA